GAAGAAGAAGAAGAAGACAACUCCGCACAAGGAUCUUAUCUGAUUAGCUUUAGUUCCUCUUCUUUUAGAAAAUAAACUUUUACUUAAAAAAAAUUGAUGAUCAGAAAAACAUAUAUCCAUUAUUUUGGAAAACAUGGGAAAUGAGACUCUCCACGACAGCGGUGGGUCUCACUUGUAGGUGAGGUAACGCCAUGAUCUCCGAGGCCGCAGCAGCUGAACACUGACAAGUUUGACUGAGAGGUUUCCCUCACUGCCGUCGUCAUGGGGACGACGAUGAGCGAGCCGUGUAUCUACGACAAGCUGUCGGAGAGCAUCGACAUCCUCCGCCAGUCGGGCUACCGCUACGGCAUGUCAGAAAGGGAGAUAGAGAGGUUCAUCAAGCAGGUCCUGGAGACCAACGAACCCAGAAGAGAGCCGCCGCAGUUCCCCAUCCUGAGAGCUGCCAUCAAGUUUGUGGUGGCGGUGGGCUUCUUGUUGGUGGUGGUGCUGGCCUUCACCUACCCCCAGAGUGCUCCCCCGCUGGGACUGGUCAAUCUGGGAUGUUACAACUGGUCAUCGCCUCUCAGCCACGUUCGCUUGCUCUCCCUGCCCAUUGCCAAGAAGUACAAUUUGCAAGGUUUCCAUGAGUGGUGGAGUGCAGGCUCUCUCAGGCAGAAUCUGGUCAACUGUUCGGGAUGCGCAGAGAUCUCCUCAGUGCUGGAAGUCCCAGAGAGCCUCAGGGGGACGGUGACCCUGCGACGGGGGCCGCAGCUGGUGCUGCUGAAGGGCGGGGAGUCCCUCAGCGUCCAGCGGCAGCAGCUUGAGGAGCUGUACUUGGCCCAUUCAGGCUCCAUGUCCAUUCUGCUGGAGGAGGACGAUGGGCUGCACAACCACCACCACCUCGGCCUCCCCCAGGGACCUGCUAACUUCACCCUGCUCUGGAGGUUCAGCUCUGGGGCCAGGGAGAAAGUGUUGAGGUGGCUCUUCCCGAAGGCGGAGCUCUGCCCCCUGCUGGACGGUGCCGGGACCGUCCUGCAGCGCUGCCUGGUGACCCACAGCACAAACUCGCAGAGCAAAGAAUCUGUGUCUCAGGGUGUCGGGGUGCUUGGCUGGGUGGUGGUGGGAGAGGGACUGCCGACAGUGCGAGUCCUGCCUGUACAGCGCUGCCAGAAGCACUGCAGCUCCUUCAACCUGUGGCUGACACCUGGAGACAUGGUGUACGCCGACCCUCGGUACUGGCAGAUGGAGCUGUUCCCCGGCCGCGGCCAGAACAUCGUCUGUGACGGCUCAGCCUUUUAGCCGAAACGCAUGCGGACUUCAGGACCGGGGUGUGGCGCACAAUUCAGUUGUGAAUGUUUGGUUUUGUGCUAAAGCGUUUUUGGAGCUUGUUGGUCUUUCCGUGUUUCUGCACAUUGAUGCCUUAUAAACCCCCCUCCCCUCGGUCUUUCGUUUGGCACUGAUGAUCCUGCCAGCAGCCUCAGACCUGGAAACUUCUGCAAUACCAGAAGUCAGUUUGGAGAACCAGGACCUAACAUAGAUUCAUCUGAUGAACGAGAUCAGCGGAUUCAGAAAUGACUUUUUGACUUUCUUCUUUUUGUCAAACAGCUUAAAAUCAUCGGUGCUUGUGCCACAACUUCCAACUGAUUUAAAGCAAUUAAGAAAAAAGGUCACUGUCCCUGGCUCCCUGGUCCCUGAACUCAGAAUUGUUGCCAUCAUCUCCACCUUAGUGAUCUUAAAUCAGGGUUUUCUGUUGUACUAAUUUCUCACUGAAGAAUAGAAAAUAGUGACAAGAAAACUGAGCACAUUAUUUGUCUUUUGUGCCAAAGUUUGAAAUAACGUCUUGCAAUUGGGCUGUAAGAAAAUUUUCAGAAUAAUUAUUCCUAAAUUAACUUAAUUUGAGAAACCACUGUUGCGAGGCUCCGUUACUAUCUAGAAAACUUCCCCCAUUUAACUUUUUGGUCAGAAGUUUUGUGAUUUCAAAUAUUGAGUAAUAAAUGAUGACUAUUAAGGUGGCUGGUGUUCAAAUGGAUGCCUGAAGAGAGCAAAAAGUGAGUGCAGCGAAGCAUCAAAAUGUGCGUUCCUCUUAGGCAACAAUAUGAAGAACAACCAAACUUCCAGCUGCAGAGAAAUUCACUAAUCAGUCUGCAAUUAUUUGCUUUGAAAAAGCCGUCUGUGGACAUCCACAAAGCUGCUGCUCACCUGCAGCCUCACAUUAUGUACUUUACCUGCUUCUUUCCUCACUGAUAGUUCACCCCAUUUAAAGCGACAACCGUUUUCCGUUAUGCCCAGCACCACGGACAGCGCUCAUCUGAUCAAACAGGGCUAGAAGAAGGGCUGCAGAAGUCUAAGGCAACUCUUAGUCUCGCCAUUUUAACAAAAUAUUUCAGUUUUGUAUUCCACUCACU